UUCAUUCCGACAGCGUUACAACAGUCAAAAUUCUUCUAAUUUUUCUCAAUUUCUGGUCGAUCUGAUCAACUAAAUGACUGGUUCAGCUGGUCAGGGCCAGCCUCAAAGGCAAAAGCCCCGAAAUGAGCCAUCAGUAUUGUUGACAAACGCUGAAAAUGGGGUUUUAUUUGGUUUGAUUGGACACCGCUGUCAGUCCCUUGCAUCUGCUGUGGUUCAAGUGUAUCUGGCUGAUCCUCCUAGUCGCAACAAGUGGAAUAAAAGAUGCUGCGGAGUGGCUGCUUUCAUCAAAGACAACGAAAUGAAGUCCUACUACAUAAGGGUUUACGAUAUUAGGGCCAAGCAGUUACUUUGGGAGCAAGAACUGUACAACCAAUUCAAGUUGAGGUCUCCAAGGCCAUACUUCCAAACAUUUGACGCUGAGGAUUGCCCUGCUGGUCUUAACUUCGCCAACGAAGAUGAGGCAGAGUCUUUCAAGAAUGCCAUUAAUGGAAAACUGCAGCAGAGGCAGAACAAAAAGAUGGAACGAAGGAAGACAGUCCAAAGACAGAAUGCACCUCCUUCAUCAGCAUCGGCUAACAAUGCACCAAGGUCAAAUUUGGCGACGUCAACACCCAACUUAUCUGCUUCCACGACCAGCUUGUCGUCAAUGGGUGGAACUAUGAAGAAGAACAAAGAUAAAGACAAGAAGGGGAAGAAAGUAAAAAUAACCAAGGAGGACAUUGGCACCCCUACAGAUUUCAGGCAUGUGAGUCAUGUUGGCUGGGAUCCUGAAAGUGGUUACGAUAUGAAUAAUCUUGAUCCGAAUCUGCGGACAUUAUUCGAUACGAUUGGUGUGAAUGAAUCCCAAUUGAAAGACAAGGACACUGCAAAGUUCAUCUAUGACUUUAUCGAGCAGCAGGGAGGUAUUGAUGCUGUCAAGAAGGAGGUGGAGACUAAGUCACGACCUUUACCGCCGCCCCCUACUGGAGGAGCCCCUCCACCGCCCCCUGCCAGAGGACCACCCCCUGCCAGAGGAGGUCCACCACCACCACCCAGCAGGAAUAAUGCACCUCCACCCCCUGUCCCUCGAGGUCCGCCACCGCCUGGGCCUAGUAGGGGUAUGGGUGCACCACCUCCACCCCCUAACAGAGGUGGCCCGCCUCCACCACCAGUGGGCAGACCCCAUGGUGGAGCACCACCUCCGCCCAGUGCCAUGGGCGGAGCUCCACCCCCUCCACCACCACCGCCACCACCCAUUGGUGGGGGUCCUCCUGCCCCACCACCGCCUCCAAUGACAAGUGGCGGCCCCCCGGCACCUCCCCCUGUGAAGCCAUCAGGUGGUGGUAUGGGCACGGCUCUCAUGGACCAGAUACAUCAUGGUAAGAAGCUCAAGACUGUGGAUGCGGCCGCCAAGGAAGCUCCUGCACCGGCCAAUGAAAGAGACCAGUUGUUAUCUCAGAUCCGAGGUGGAGCUGCUUUGAAGCCAGUAUCUGCUAGCUCUUCCUCUCAUUCUGUUGCUGAUACUCCAAGUGACGAUGAUUCCGGCAUAGCUGGAGCUUUAGCGCGUGCCUUGGCGAGUAGGGGCAAGCAUAUACAAGCUUCUGAUGAGGAAGACUCUGAUGACGAUGAGGAUGAUGAGUUUGAGGACGAAGAUUGGGAGGAUUAGUGUCGCAGAUCAGUUUCUCCAGACAUAAACAAGUUAUAUUCUUAAUAAGGUUUAGUUCAAUGGCGGAGUGGCGAAUUGAAUAUGUUACAAGGCGCAGUGAGUCAUGUGCCUUUUCAAGGCUCAUACAGAUGUAGAGGAGGUUUUGUAGGCCAGUAAACAACAGAUGAGAUGCAGUGAUAACAAUCAUGUUUCAUGAAAUCUCAGAAAAUAGAAUAUUACUGGUUAUUUACCCCAGAAAAAGCAACAUAAAAAAAUGUUUAAAGGCCUACCGGUACUCUGUUCGUUCAAAUGUUGCCCCUUUGAAAUUGUAUUUGAAAAAUUUCCAAUUGUGUUGGUACGUACCGAAUAUGAAAUUCAACAAUGCUGUUGUGUAAAUUGAUCGACAAAUUCUAUAUAAAUGCCGAGUUUCAGCGAAUUUGCCUGCCUAAUAACUGUACAACUGCUCUUUUUUCCGGAGCCACGAGUAAUGUCUUUGUCUUUAAGUCCAAAAGUCCAUACAUUGAAAUUUAUUAGCUUGGUGGUGGUGGUAAGUGUACGUCAUGAAGUCGAACUUUUCGGGAAAAGUUAAAUCAGAAAUCAUUACUUUAAUGUUGAUGUUGAAGUGAAAUGUGAUAUUCUAAGGCAAACACUCUGUCCGUGAUGCUCAGCCUGCAAUUUCUUUAAACUGUUCAUUCAAGGUUCUUCUGAUUAAAAUCAUGAUA